UUAGCUGUGUGUCUGUCCGCCACAUUGGCAAUAUCUCGAGUGCUGGUGGACGCGAAUCAAUGCGGUCGAACAACGGCGAAGAUUGUUAAAGUCACGAAACGAUAAUUUCGAUAGGCGCUCUCUGAAGGAAAAUAACAUACGUAGCGUAUCGUUACAGCAGUUUGCGCAAGGUCGCGCGUUGGUCGCGAAAGACCUAGCACCGAACGAGUGUGUCAUGGACUUCCUCUUAUAUAAGCGGCUCGGAAUUUAUACACACAUGAUAGUUUCAGUGCGUUCGUCACGCAGUGAGCAGUCGCGAUAAAUAAACGCUCGCCGGUAUAUAGUCGCGGCUGAUUCGAUAAUUACAAAAAGCUUAAAGCAAGUGCAAUUGUGAGAAUUAUGAAUAGACAUAAAAUCGCAAUAUAGGAUAAAAACCGCGUAGAGAUAAUUUUAUUUAGAUUUGUGUGAAUUCUAUGAGAUUGAGUGGUAAAUAGAACGAGAAUAUUUCUGCUAUGCUGAAAAAGACGAUUAGGAGAUAGUAUGUUGUAGGAAGAAAUUUUAAAAGUGUCAUCGAUCGAAUCGAAAUAUUUAUGUGUCACGAUGCGGUUUGAAUCGUAUUAAUUAAUCCGCGAUGUAAUAGCUCCUCGAGAUUGCGAGUGAACUGUCAAGUUUAUAUUACAAUUCACGGUUCUAAUUCGCGUUCGAAACUCCUUAAAAUGGUUGCCGAUGGACAUAACAGCAUCUUUACCUACGACUCGUUGGUACACGCGAUAUCCGGUGCAGCGGGUAGCGUGAUCGCGAUGGCAGCCUUCUACCCUCUGGAUACCGUGCGAAGUCGUUUACAAUUGGAAGAGGCACGACAGUCGAAAAAUACAUUGGCGAUUUUACGAGAACUUGUUGCGAAAGAAGGAUCGUGCACAUUAUACAGAGGUAUAGUUCCUGUACUGCAAAGCUUAUGCGCGAGUAAUUUUGUUUAUUUCUACACAUUCCAUGGUUUAAAAGAAUUGAGAAGCAAAAGAAAUCAAACGGCUGGCAACGACUUGUUUAUCGCAUCGAUCGCUGGUAUAAUCAACGUUCUCACAACAACACCUCUAUGGGUUGUAAACACGAGAUUGAAGAUGAAAGGCAUCGAAGAUACUUCAGAAAGAAAUAAUAACGAAUAUACUACUUUGUACGAUGGUCUCAUGCAUAUAUGGAAACACGAAGGUUUGAAACAGCUGUGGGCAGGAACAUUGCCGAGUCUCAUGCUUGUCGCGAAUCCCGCUAUACAAUUUAUGACGUACGAGAGUAUUAAAAGAAGAAUCAAUGUGUCUCUCGACGGUGCUCAGCCACCGGCAUGGGUCUUCUUCGCUAUCGGGGCGAUAGCGAAAACGAUUGCUACGUCAUUAACAUAUCCUCUGCAGCUUGUGCAAACUAAAUUGAGGCAUGGACACAAGUAUCCUAAUUUACCUCCAAACGCAGGCACGUUGCAAAUACUAUUCUACAUUCUGAAGAAGCAAGGGAUGGCUGGACUGUACAAAGGAAUGGAGGCUAAACUUUUGCAAACUGUCCUCACAGCUGCCUUGAUGUUUUUGGCUUACGAAAAGAUCGCACGAUUCGUUUUCCGCAUACUUUUACAUAAACCUAUUCUUAGAUAACGAUUUGUUUUUAAUAAUGACAUUAUUAGGUAAUUUUAAAUUACACGAUCUUCAAAUCAAAUGCGUAUUUAUAAAUAUAAAUACAUACAUAGAAAUUCCAUA